ACAACAUGCCGCUUUCAAACAGAGUCACACCGCAGCAACUUUCCCUCUGUGUCUGGAUUUAAAUGGUUAUCCGGAGCGUCUCCUCGACACAAACACCGAACCCCACAUAUCGACGCUGAACCCUGACUCCUGAAAUGUGGACCGAACUCACCUGAGAGGACUGUAGGUUCAAAGAAGACACCUUAACUUCCCCGAACGGGCUUGUUUUUUGUUUUUUUUUGGAAAGUAUAAACCCGCGAUUUUUUUAUUUUAUUGAAAUGGAUGUGCUGUGGACCAACUACAUUUUCUUCCUGGCGUGUUGCUCAGCAUUGGGAUUUGGAAGCCCGAACAGAUGCGACGAAGUGCGCAAAGUUUUCCAACUCAGACAAAUUGGACCAAAUCAAUUAUUGCCUUUAAGUCCCAGACCAGGUUCAGACCUUCAGGUGUGCGUGUCCAAGAACCUGACCUGCUGCACCAAGAAGAUGGAGGAGAAGUACCAGGUGGCCGCCCGGAGAGACAUACAGAACCUUCUCCAGACGUCCAGCUCCAGCCUCAAGUUUCUCAUCUCACGCAGUGUGGCUGCUUUUCAAGAUACCUUUGAGGUCCUGAUGAGGCAGGCGGAGAAUCACACUAAUGCGGUCCUCCAGGAGUCGUACCGCAACAUGGCUGAUGAAGCCGUGGGCCCUGUGCAGGAACUCUUCACCGAUAUCGGUCUCUUCCUGCUGGGGUCUGAGCUCAACGUUGAUGACUUAGUACAGCGAUUCUUCGACGCUCUCUUUCCACUGGUCUAUAAUCACCUCAUCAACCCAGGCCUCAGCGACAUAUCGCCAGGCUAUGCAGAGUGUGUAAGGUCGUCCAGCCGUGAUGUGAGACCAUUUGGUGGGGCGCCCAGCGUCCUGGCUGAUCAGAUUGCUCGCUCAGGGGUCUCCGGGAAGCUUCUUCUUCAGGCGCUGCAUCUCGGCAUCGAGGUCAUCAAUACCACAGACCACUUACAGCUGAGCCGCGAGUGCAGACGGGCCCUGCUCAAGAUGCACUACUGUCCUCACUGCCAGGGCUUAACCCAGUCCAAGCCCUGCAUGGGUUACUGCCUCAACGUGAUGCGGGGCUGUUUGGCAAGCAUGGCAGAGAUUGACACCCAUUGGAGGGAGUUUGUUCGCUCCCUGGAGGGCCUGUCAGCACGAAUGCACGGACCUCAGGAUUUGGAGCAAGUACUUUUAGGAGUUCACUCGCUGCUUCACGAUGCUGUUGGACAUGCUCAGAAAAAUGGACCCCGCCUCUCAGCACAGGUGCACAAACUGUGUGGCCCCCCAAGCAGGAAGCUUGCGCAGUCAGUCAGCAUCCAGCACAGCAGCAGAGAAUCCAUCCCUUUCAAAGCUCUUGUCAGAGUGUCAGGGGACUCGCUCGCUGUCAAGAGAAGGGACUUUCUGAAUGGUCUACGUUUCUACCGUACAUACUACGGUGGCCUGGCGGAUCAGCUGUGUGUGAGUGAGCUGGCCUCUGGUGACGGACUGUCCUGCUGGAAUGGAACCGACAUUGUUAAAAGCUAUACCCUCCGUGUGGUGGGCAAUGGGAUCAAGGCUCAGAGUACCAACCCCGAAGUCAAAGUGAAGGGAGCCGACCCUGUAAUAAAUCAGAUCAUUGACAAACUGAAACACAUCAAUCAGCUGUUACAGGGAAAGUCCAUUCCUAAACUGGGGUCACUCGACCAGAUUGAAACAGGAAGUGGCGACGCAGAGGGACGUUAUAGUGGCGACUGUGAUGAUGAGGACGGUUGUGGUGGUUCAGGUGGUGGCGAGAAUAAGAGGAAAGUCUCCAGAGUCUCCAAAUUGAGUCCAGAUGUGACCAGUGAUCACAAACAUCAUCAUCAUCAUCAUCAUCAUUAUCCACCUGCCAAGGAUUCAGAAAUGGAGGGCAGAUCCAGGAGCCUUGGACUGACUGGAGCCAUCUGGGUCUUGAUUUUGCCUUGUUUACAUAUGCUCCUGGCCUUGUAACAGCUGCCUUUUUGCAGCAUGAAACUUUCAAGACUUGAUUUCAAGCUUAUUAAUCCAGAAGUGAAAUGGCCAGUGGACGUAAAGAGCUCCAGUAUGUAAUGGAGCACCACUUCCACACAGUGCAGGACACGGUAGGAGUGAACACUAAUGUUUAUGUGGAAAAUUACAAGACACUCUGGCUUAUAUGUAAGACAGCCUUUGGUUCAGUUUUGCGAAUAUUAAUUAUUUUUUAUCAGUUACCUGGCAUUCAUUAACACUAAAAAUGACUUAUUUAUAACAGCCGAUGUUAAAACUAAAUACAGCAUAAGUUGUAAACAUUUGGUAUUAAUUUAAUUGUAUUUAAUUGUACACAGUCUCCACAGCUUUUGCAAUUUAAAUAUUUUUGGCCAAAUGAAAAUGGCCUGUUUGUCUUAUACCAUCCUAGGAAUCACCUAUAUGUAUAAAACUAUGUUUUUUUAAAGACAUUUUUAUA